UCUUUCACUUUCACUUUCAGUCUCUCUCUCCUUCGUCGGUUUGCAGGGGCCGGGAGCUGGACCAAUGGCAGCGGAGCCCGAGGGAGUGGUCGGUGGCGGGCUGGAGCGGUGACAGUAGGCGAAAGAGCGGCGAUGGAGCAGACGGUGGCCACCAUCGUCAUCAGCGCCAUGACGCAUGCUGCAGAGCCGUGGACCGGAUCUCUACCGCACCAUCACCGUCUCUACCGCCGAAAUCAUGCUCCGCGACCGCACCUCGUCGCCGCACCACUUGGAGAAGGAAGGAGAGGGAGAGAUAAGGGGUCACCGCCACCGCCUUUCUAGUGCCCACCCCCCACCACCACCUGUGCCAGUAAACCGUUGUAGCUGAGAUGUGCGCGUCGUUCUUCACCAACCCGCAUGUUCCUGAAGCCCAAAGUAGUUCGACGGAUGGGGUGGCCUCCCUUUCGUCUUCAACAAGGUUUGCGUCGGCGACUACGGCGCCGCCCACCCCAGCCGAGGCCUUCAUCGACAUCUUCGCGAGCGAGUGGUGCCGCAUGGUGCCAUGGUGGAGACGACUGCCGCCGUGGAUUUCAUCGCUGCAACCUGAGACCACCGCCCAGCCGCCGCACGUGGUCGAAUCGGCCUCCGUGUAUGCACAACGCAGCAGCAGCAGCAGCUACUCGAGAAAGAAAUAGAAGAGGGGAAGAAGAGAUGGAGAAGUGGGCUGACAAAUAGGCUUCACCUUUUUUUAUUUUUACCUUUAUUACUUACAUGUGGGAGCCACUUCUAUUUUUAGUUCCUUCAAUGUCUGGGCUGCCACGUCAGCACACUUGUACCAAGUCGACCUGCCACGUCAGCAAAAAAACCGCUUCCCAAACCACUAAAGAAGUCAAUUUGUACCGGUUUUUAAAGUUAGGGGAGGUGUUAUACCCAGUUUUAUGUUUGAGGGAUGUAAUUCGACCAGAGAGAAGACAAGAGAGGUAAAAUAGACUUAUUCCUAUAUACCAGGGACACAUGGCUGACGGCCCAAACCAUCAGACUCAACCAUGGCCCGGCCCAACCAGCCGACAACCACUAGACUUACACGGUACCACCAGGAGUCCAGGAGGGCAGCAGUGUGACGUCGCCGGCCCAUUCUCUCCGGGAAAAAGAGGACGAAAAAACCCUAACCAGCCGCCGAUUCUAGCGAUGGCGUCGCGGGGCGGCGGCGCGCGGCGCACGCGGCCGAACGUGCUGGUGACGGGGACGCCGGGCACGGGGAAGACGACGACGUGCUCACUCCUCGCCGACGCGGUGGACCUCCGCCACAUCAACAUCGGGGACCUCGUCCGCGAGAAGAGCCUCCAUGACGGCUGGGACGAGGAGCUCGAGUGCCACAUCAUCAACGAGGACCUGGUUUGCGAUGAGCUUGAGGACGUGAUGGAAGAAGGUGGUAUACUAGUAGAUUACCAUGGAUGUGAUUUCUUUCCAGAACGUUGGUUUGACCUUGUAGUUGUGCUCCAAACAGAUAACUCAAUUCUGCAUGAUCGCUUGACUAGCAGAUGCUCCUGGAGGAGGCAAGGGAGAGCUACAAAGAGGAGAUAGUGAUGCCCUUGCGAAGUGACAAUGUGGAGGAUAUCAGUAGGAAUGUGGGCACACUGACAGAAUGGAUAAACAACUGGAGACCAUCCCGGAGCUGAGCUGUUUCCUCUCUUCCUCUCUGGUAAUGCUUAUGCCUGGUGAAAAAAUGUUUUUUUUUCUAUGGUGAAUUUUGAAUAUUGAGUUAGAUCGUGCAGACAUUGUAAGCCUUUUUACGUAUGCAUGCCCAACCUUGGAUCUCAGCACGCAAUACCUUGUGCUAAACGGGUUAUGUGAUGGGGGCAUGCUGAAUGUAAAUUAGUAGUUUCAUAGGGAAUGUCUGGCUCCAGUUUGUUUCUCUAUUUCAAACUGAAAUGUUAUGUGACAUCAUUACAUGUUUGAACCUGCUAAUGGGAUGUACUUAAAGUGAUUGGCAAAAGUGCUGAUUUAUUUUGCU